AGACACAAAAUUUUACUACUUCGUGCUAAGAGCAGCAAAAGGUGCGGCAGAAUCAUGAAUAAGACACUCUUUUUAACGUGUUGUGGACUGGUUAAUAUAGUAGGAAUUAUUUUUGUUGCCGUAUCAUUUUCACUAGAUUACUGGCUCACUUAUGAUAUUAACGAAGAUUUACUAAAAACAACAACAGAAAUAGCUGAAUACAACAAUGCCUACAAGACUCAGUAUCCCUUAUUAUAUCAUAAUAGAAACAGAGGAUUAUUUAGAACCUGCUAUGAUGAAAAUAAAAAUUUUUAUGAUUCGAUUACAAGAAAUAAAGUUGACGAUCACUGCUUCGCUGAAGAAGGUUAUGACGUCGGCGACUAUAGAAUACUGAACACACCAUGGAAGAAAAAAAUGGGAGACAAUUACAAUAAAAGAACUAAUUUGAUUAGGGCGUGGUUUCUAUUACUUGCUACUGGACUUCUAAUGAGUUUAGUUAGCAUUUUUGUUGGUGGUAUAUCUUGUUGGAAAUUAAAGUCAUUAUUGGUGAAGAUAACUGCACUCCUGACUUUAGUAACUGCUCUUCUUAUAGCAGGAGGUGUAGCAUGUUUCCAUGGUGUUCGAAUAAUGGAAACUGAAAAGAUCACAACGCCAAGUGAAGCAAUUGAUGAACCAGAAUAUUUCGAAGCACAAUUAAAGAAUGCCACAACAAACUUCAAGCACCUGUAUAAGAUAAUGGAAGUGAAGCUCGGUACUUGUUACUUUUUAUGCUGGAUUGGUUGUGGUUUUCUAUUUGUUGCUUCGAUUCUCUAUCUUAUCUGUGGAUUCGGAAUGGAUCCACCAAAGGAGAAAAAGCCAAAGUCAAUGAAGCAGGCAAAGCGAACAAGGCCAAAGAGACAAAGACAGCCUAGAAGAAAAGGUAAAAGGGAUGACGAAUAUGCAAUAACCAAAGAUAGAUAUCAUCAAAGACAGCACCCUUACGAUAAUCCAGAAUACGGUGCUCAAGAUUACGACUAUGAAGGUGGAUAUGGGGAAGGAUAUCCUUACAAUGGAUAUAGAUAUUAA